ACAGGGAAAGUGGGAGGAGAGGGGAAGAGGCCGUGAGACUAGAGAGGAGGGAAACGUGUCACCAGCCCGGCUCUGGGCGCUCCGCGGCCGCCUCGCUUGUGGACUCCGCGCUGAGAGGACUUGAGGCUGGACCGGACCCCACGGAAGGCAGAGCUGGGAGAGAACCGAGGGGGAACCGCCGGGCAGAGCGCGGUGGCGGGAACCCUCCAGGUCUCCGUGUCUCUUGGGAAUCCGCUCCGGGGUGACUCCCUGGUUGGCAGUAGGGUUUUCCCCCUGCCCUACCCAGCCCCUGCCCUCGGUCACAUGCCGUCGCUUCUUCCUCCGUCGUGCCGGGAGCCCGCGUUUUGUUCGUCAGCAGCAAGGCGGUGUUGGCUAUAUUUGUGGUUUUAAGAAAGCCUGGGGGCCCGAAGGCAGCCCUGGGCAAAGCCUUUCCGUGGGCAGUCGGAACCUUCUGGUCCAGAGGAGAAGCCAUCCCUUCACGUGGACUUAUGACCCGCAGCUUCGCUCCCAUCCUGCCCACCGAGUUCCACAAGAUGGGCUCCUUCCGCAGGCCCAGGCCACGCUUCAUGAGCUCCCCGGUUCUCAGCGACCUGCCCCGAUUCCAAGCCGCCCGGCAGGCUCUACAGCUGAGCUCCAACUCGGCCUGGAACAGUGUUCAGACUGCCGUGAUCAACGUCUUCAAAGGUGGAGGCUUGCAAAGCAACGAGCUCUAUGCGCUGAACGAAAACAUCAGGCGGCUGCUGAAGAGUGAACUUGGAUCGUUCAUUACAGACUAUUUCCAGAACCAGCUUCUUGCAAAAGGACUGCUGUUUGUGGAGGAGAAGAUUAAGCUGUGCGAAGGUGAAAAUCGCAUUGAGGUUCUGGCCGAAGUCUGGGACCACUUCUUCGCUGAGACCCUCCCCACCCUGCAGGCAAUAUUUUAUCCAGUUCAGGGCCAGGAGCUGACCAUCCGCCAGAUCUCCCUGCUGGGCUUCCGUGACCUGGUCCUGCUGAAGGUGAAGCUGGGCGAUUUGCUGCUGCUGGCCCAGUCUCGGCCACCCUCAUCCAUCGUCCAGAUGUUGCUCAUCCUGCAGAGUGUUCAUGAGCCCACAGGCCCAAGUGAGGGUUAUUUGCAACUGGAGGAGCUGGUGAAGCAAGUGGUUUCUCCUUUCCUGGGCAUCAGCGAGGACCGAGGCGUCGCAGGCCCUAUCUACACACUGGCUAGACGCCACUCCCGGGUCCGGCCCAAGGUCACUCUCCUGAACUAUGCCUCCCCGAUGACCGCCGUCAGCCGACCGGUGAAUGAGAUGGCCCUGGCCCCUCUGACGGAGCAAGAGGGGGAGGCCUACCUGGAGAAGUGUGGCAGCGUCCGGCGGCACACGGUGGCCAAUGCUCACUCGGACAUCCAGCUGCUGGCCAUGGCCACCAUGAUGCACUCAGGCUUAGGCGAGGAGCCUGGCGGUGAGGACAAGUGCCUGCUGCUGCCGCCCAGCUUCUCCCCACCCCACCGGCAGUGCUCCAGUGAGCCCAGCAUCACCGACAGCCCUGACGAGCUGGAGGAGGUGGCCGGGGCCAGCCAGGAAGACACAGAGCUGAACUGUGCUUCCCUCAGCUGAACGCCCACCCCCCGGACUCCCUAGCUCCUGCCUAGCGACCAGGAGGAGCACGGCUCCGUCCUGUGGAUCACCAGGGGGCUCUUCCUUUGGGCAAUACUGCGUAUGCCUUUUCAGGUACAGGCCUAGUCUGAGUGCCCUAGGGGAAAUCCCUGUUGUAAACCUCUCCAUUUUCGUGACUGUGACCACCUCUUCGCAUCCACACAGACCCAGUGGCCUAAUGUUCAUUUUCUGACUUCCAGCCUUGCCUGCCUGACUCGGAUCCACAUCUCUGGGCUUUUCCCGCUCAGAUAUUGGACUGUCCGAUGCUGCCAGCCGUAUAUCCCAGUGCCCUCAUCAUUGCUGUCUAGCAAGUUGUUGCCUGAGCCACACACAAAGCCAGCGUGGAUGUGCUGGCUUUCGGGACUCCCCUUUAGGUCUGGUGAUGCAGAGGCUUGUGGGUGAAGAUACCUCGCCUCCCCCAGUGUGUGUGGAGUGGAAGCAGACUGCAGCCCCUACCGACCAGGACUCUGGGCAGAUGCCUGCCUUAUUUUAGUUUCAGAAUUACUGGGACAGCGUUGCCCUAUUAGUGGGUGAGGGUCCAUCCUCAUCUAUAUGCAGAUGCUCCCUGCUGCCUUUGGCUUUUGGCCCAAAGGUCCCAAGGAUGGAGAAACCCCAUCUUUGAUUAAGCCUCAGCAUUUCCCCCUCAGGGGUCCUCCCAAACUCGAGGGACUAACCGCCCCAGUGGAGUAGCUUUCAUCCCGCUCUCAUUUCAGAAACUGGCCUUUGUCCUGUGGUGGGUCGAGUGGCUGGCUGAAACCCAACCAACUAGUCUAGUUCCUGGAUUUGACUUGAAUUUUUUUAAUGUGCAUCAUUUCAAAAAAAAAAAAAGUCUGCAAAUAUUUGCACGUCGGAUCUUGCACUGCUCCUUUUCUGAUGGUUGUAUCUUCAUACUAAGAAAAUAAGCGAACCCUCCGGGAAAGGAGACAAGCAGUGGUUCAGGGUGAAAGUGAUGGCGGUGGGCAGAGCUCAUAGGCUACAAUGCCCUGGAAACAGCAGGAGUGGAGUCCACGAUGGCCGGCGUUUGUGAGUGUUGUGGCUCAUAGCAGACGCUGCAUUGAGGGAGGCAGCUGCAGCUUGCCUCGCCAGCAGAGGGUUGUAGCAAAUGGAAGGUCUCAGUGCUUCCCAGUGUGGGGGUGGGGGCGGGGAGAUAGGGGCAGGACUUUCCAGAGAGAUGUUCAUCCCGUGAUUAAAGAAGUACCCAGAAGUGCCUGGAAUUGCUAACACGGGAGGUCUCAGAAUGCUGUUGGGGCAGCAGGCUUUAGUGCUGUGCUGUCUCCUGAAUGCUGCUAGCCCCAGGUCUGGCUUUGCAUCCACCUUGGGCCCCUGGUCUUCUCUUUGGCCCCAGUCAUAACAGCUCCAGAAAAAAGAGAAGGCACCCUGGACUCUUCUGGCCCUUUCUAGGUAUCCCGUUAGUCUUUGGAAACUCCGCUUAUGAAAUCUCAAGAGACUUGAGUCUGCUUAGCGUCCAUUGUGGCAGGAGGUGGCUGGGGGAAGAUGAAGACAGUUUAAACUGCCAGCAGGGGAUGAGACCUUCUAAGGUCCUCUAAGCCUUGACAGCAUUUCCCUUCUGGGAGAAGAAAUAGGACAAAAGUCGUGUUUUUGAUGCACUGUAAUUUGGAAAUUGUGUUUAACAAGUUGUUUCAUGUUCCUCCUUCUAAGGGAGUGAUGGAUGUCUGAAGGAGAUCUGAGAAUUUCAAACAAAAAAAUAAUCUUGGUGUAUGUCUUGGAUCAAGUCCACCAAUUGACUAGCAUGCAUUAGCAAAUGGAAUAACAUGAUGGUUUAUGUGAUUGAUGGCUUCUGUCCCAUAGUACACUUAGCCCUUGGGACUCGUAUUUAUUGAUCCAGGCAAAGUAAUUAAUCAUGCUUGGGUUUUCUUUUUUAGUUUACAACAUUAACAAUACAUAUAUUUUCCAGUGCCUCGUCCACAUACUAAAUACCCCCGGUGAGGAGAGCCGUCAUCAGUUACACAUGUGAGCUCUUAGGUUGAGAAUGGGGGUGUCCUGACCCAUGAACUUCAUUUGCUGGUGACUGUUAGCUAGUUUACAACGUCCCCUUUGAUACACACACCUGAUAUUUGUACAGUAAAUAUUUCAGACUGUACAGAUAGACAUGUUGUUGAUGUUGAUGGGUAUUUUCACCAACCAGAACCCUAUUGCAAGAGUGAUAGCUGUUGUGUUCUUAACCACGGUUUCUCCCCUUGAUGAGAUGAAGGUUCAUUUUCGUUAUUUAAGCUAGGAUCUUUCUGUGGCUGAGGUUUCAAUGACAGGAAGCGAUCACGUUAAACUCUGAGUGAGCUCACAAACCAAAACCUUUCAUGUUGUCUGUUUCCAAAACGGAUUCAAUAAACAUCGUUUUGUACACAUUG